CUAUGGUCGAGUCUGGUACUGGUGUGGCUUCAGCUUCCGCCCAAGAAAGGCUAUUAGUUUAAUCGCGACCAGGCGGGUCGCCUCCUCAAGGACCAAUCAGCUUCCUUCUCCGCCAGUGCGUAAUGGCGCUCAGCAAGGCACGGCUGCGUUAGUUAACCAAUCGGUUGCCUCGCACUGACGAUAACCUGCCUCCGACCUUCCCCUUAAGAAGCAAGACCCCUUCGUCCAUUUGCCUUGGCUUCGCUUACUGGUUCUGCUCACCUGACGCUUUUGGUAUAAAAAGACACUGGAAAGGAAUGAUGGCGGCUUUGGAUACUAAAGCAAAAGCAAAAAAAACUCUGGGGACAGUUGAUUAUGUGGAGUCAUCAGAAUUUGCCCAAGGAAUUCUGCCUACCAAGAAGGAUGUCAUUCAAAACAUGCUAUAUCUAUUGCACCCAAAAAGGGCUGGGCAAGCCCAGCGAUCCAAAGAAGAUGCUGCCCAGUUGCUUGCUGAACUUCUGCAGGAGCACUGGUUGUUUUGCAAUUUGUAUACCAUAGCAACACAAAGCAUAAAGAAGCAUAUUCUUAAGGUGUAUGAGGAAUUUUCAAAAUUAUAUCAGUCCAGAAAGCGAAGAAAAAAUGAAUUGUUUACACAGAAAGCGGAUGAUUUCAACAGGAGUUCAGAGCAGCUUUUUGACAUAUUUUGUACAGACACAGGAACAAGAGAGAAAUUGGAGCAAUACAGUGGUGUGAAGAUGACUGACAUUGAGUGGAAAUUUCUUGAAGAUCAGAGGAGUGAAAGAAAAAUGUACUUUGAGGACUUCGUGGACAAGAAACAAAUGGAAACAAUAGAAAGACGAAGAAAAGUAGAAUCACUGGAGCACUUCAGGAAGAUUGCAGAAGAAGAGAAAGAUGCAUGUAAGCGUAAAGGAAUGACUUCCAAUAGAGAUGAGCAGCCAGUUGAAGAUGUCAGCAGUAGGAAGAAAGAUGACCCCUCCCUUGGACGCAGCAAAGGAAUUGGGAACUUUUCACAUAAGGCAAAAAGAAAGCGCCUAUCUUCUGGCUGGAUUACUGGGACAGCAUCUUCAACUAGCUAUAGCGAGUCAGUUGCACCUGAAUGUCAACAUAUACGUAUGAGCAUCAGAAAAGUCAGACCAGGGUUCUAUGAGACUUUUGACAAAUAUGAAAACUGCUAGCCCAACAUUCAAAAUCUGUUUCUGUUGAAGUUUUGGGAGGUCUUAAUACCCUGACUAAUUGGAAGUUGAUGUAGAUAAUUUUGUUGGGCUCCAUUAAUGUACAGCAACACCACCAAAGCAAUGGCACCAGUAGAAAUGGGCUUUUAGCUUACUGAGAAAGUAAGAUUUGUUUAGGCCUGUACUGAUACUUUCACAAGGUGAAAGUACUGUGUACUAAAAAGCUAUAGUGUAGCAAAGGAAGACAGAAAAACCAAUGUUUGGAUGUUAAAGCAAACCAAAUGCACAAUAGUAGGUUAUGUUAUAUAAUAAUUUAACCACUGGAACAGACUUCUUAGGAAGGUGGUGCAUUCUCCAUUUCAUACAGUCUUCAUGUUGGGCUGGACACUCCUAAAAAAACAUUUUGCUGAAAUGUUGUAUAGUGGCCCGAAAUAGAAGUGUGAGGAGAAAAUGCAGACUCUCCUGCAGGAGAGUCAUAUUAUAUAACCUGUUGCCCAUUCCAACCUCUGUGUCUCCCAAGACUGGAAGACCAUGUACAAUUAAAAUAAAAAAUGGUAACUAGUGAGAUGGCAGCUAAAAGGGGAACUUGGUUGUGGGGCUGUGUGUCACAAUGCAGGAUCUUUUUGAGACUCACAAUAGAUUGCUAACUUCCUGCCUGUUAAAACAGUAAGUAAGUAAGCACACCUGAAGGGAAAACAGUAAUUGGCUCAAUUAUCUAAAAAGUACAGUAGUUUCCUGUAAUGCCCACCCCCAUACCUUGAUAAUACUUGUAUGGUCUUAAGAGACUGACCAUAUACAAUUUGCCAUUACUUCAUUGAGACUUGAAGGGGUUCUGCGCCUUUCAGGACUAGGUGCUUGCAGGCAAAAGAAAAUAGGUUUCCUCUGUUUGAUCUUGCAGAUAUUUAGUUCCUAAAAUACCUAUACAGUUCUGAAAAGCAGCUUUUGAAUAGAUAGCAUUGGCUCAUGUGAGAAGGGGGGAAAAAAGGGUCAGGAAAUUUUAAAAAUGGCUUUUGGUAUAAAUGUGGUGGUAACAACUAUUUGUAUAUUUUCUGCAUUCUUAGCAAUUAAAUAUCAGUGGUGAGAAAUAUAUGUGGAAAAGUAGAAUUUGUAAUUGAAAAUAUUUGAGACAUAAACAUGUAUAAUGCACUGAA